ACUGGAACAAAUGACUCAGUUUUAACGAUACCACGGAUGAGACAACAUCUUUGUAAGGCACACAUUAACGUUACAGUAUUAAAAAUGCAAACAGGAUACAACGGCUGAUUUGAACUGGAUAAUUUAAGAACUUCGACCCCCAGAAAUGGCUAAAACGAAAUGGAAUUUGCUUUUUGCCACGUUCAUUUUAUCGUGUGUUUCAUUAACCGCUCUGAUAGUCUCACUAUGUACACCGUAUUGGGUUACUUCGGAAGCGUACGAAGCAAGUGCAUUUAAAAACAGUGAAAUAAACUAUGGACUUUUUUCUGGUUCGUUGACGCAAAACUUUCUACCUAAUCCCCGGUAUUACGACCUAACACUUACCUGCCUAUAUCAGGAGUACGUUUGUGCGUUCAGUUGCCAACAAGAUGAGGAAAGCCGAACUGACGAAAUAUUCAAUCUUUUAAAAGGAUUACGUCCAGCUGAUUGCCCCGUUCGCUCAUCAAAGAUGCUACGAAUGGUGCAUCAAGCGGAUUCUCAAACAGUUUUUCAGGAUCGACAGACAUCAGUUAAUUUCGACCGAAGCAACUUUAUCAACACUGGGCUUUGGGUUUCGACAGUAGUGUUUAUCGGUAUAGCUAUAAGUUUUGCAGCAGUUUCCACCAGCUUCUCUAUAAUUAACGUGCUGUUCAAUCCCAUCGAACCAGUAUUCAAUGUUUUUGGGUUGUUCAUUUGGAACGGAGUUGCGAUUGGAGCCACUGCUCUUUGCAUGAUAAUGUGGGGCGCACUGUUUGCUGGGACGCUUAUCGACAAUAUCGCCAUUACAGAUACGCUGACGAUACAGAUUCCCUAUCGGUCUUCCGGUUUAGCCGCACUGGGAGUAUCCUAUUGGAUUUUAUUUUUACCUAUUGUACUGCACGGGCUUAACGUGGGGCUCCUGUUAUGGCGUAGGUACAUCAUCAAUAAGGAGCCUCCUCCUACAACGAUAGAUGUUGAUCGGUCGGAUUUAACCAUUAUUAUGUUUUGAAUAAAUUAUACCUAGUAACUCA